AAAAAACAGAAGCAAGUUAAUUGUACCUUUAUAAACCAACAAACCAAUCUCCAUUGAGCUUUUAGGGUUUUACAUACACAGAGAGCAGAGCACGAUUUCUCUCGGCGGCGGCGACAUUUUCUUCAACUGAGUUUCAAAGAUGUACACUUCAAGGAAGAAAAUCAGUAAAGACAAGGGUGCUGAGCCAACCGAAUUUGAGGAAAAAGUUGCACAGGCGCUUUUUGACCUAGAAAAUACCAACCAUGAGCUGAAAAGUGAGCUGAAAGAUUUAUACAUAAAUUCAGCAGCUCAAAUCGAUGUUUCUGGAAGCCGUAAGGCUGUGGUUGCCCAUGUUCCUUACCGUUUGAGGAAAGGGUUCCGCAAAAUUCACGUCAGGCUUGUUAGGGAGCUUGAGAAGAAAUUUAGCGGCAAGGAUGUAAUCCUUAUCGCCACCAGGAGGAUAGCAAGGCCGGGUUCUGCUGCUCAGCGUCCCCGAAGCCGUACUCUCACUGCUGUUCAUGAAGCAAUGCUUGAGGAUGUCGUAUUGCCUGCUGAGAUUGUUGGAAAGCGUGUGAGGUAUCGUGUUGAUGGAUCCAAGAUCAUGAAGGUGUUUUUGGACCCAAAGGAGAGAAACAAUACUGAGUACAAGUUGGAGACAUUUGCUGCAGUUUACAGGAAACUUUCAGGCAAAGAUGUUGUGUUUGAGUAUCCUAUUACUGAGGCUUAGAUUCUGUUUUGGAUUUUUUUUCUUCAUGUAUUGCAUUUUGUGAAUGCUAUUGGUUAAAGUUUUGUUCAAGUUGCCUUUGAAUCUGGAUUUUGUCUGGUGACUUUGAUUAAUAUACUUUGGCAUGGUUUAUUUAUUUUUCUAGGCUUUGCUAUACUAUUUAUUAUA